AUGAAUACUUCGACAGCAAAUAAUACAAAUGGUGGUAUAAAAGGAUCAUUAACCAUUCAUGUUGUUGAUGCACAAACAAGUGCUGAAAAUGGACGAAAAUUUACAAAAUACAAAGUAUCUGUUAAUUAUAAUGGACAAGAAUGGGACAUUUGGAGACGUUAUAAAGAAUUUCAUACAUUAAAUGAUAAACUUCGUCGUGUUCGUUCUGAUUUAAAAUUACCCGGACGACGUUUAUUAGGUGAUUCAUUUGAACCUGAUUUUGUAUUAAAACGUCAACGUGGUUUAAAUGAUUAUGUACAACAAAUUUCUACUAAUCCACAAAUAGUUAAUUUGUAA